GAAAGCGUUUCAUUUUGAGUCGAUUGAAGAGCCGCCGCCAUGACGGAUCGGAACCACGGCUAUGACUUUGUGUACCUGAAGAACACAGUGGGCGCGCCAUUGGCAGAAGCUCUGGCCCAGGUGGCUCUAGAUCAGCCCGACGACCCGAUCGAGUUUGUCGGCAGCUACUUGCUCAAGCACGUGGCGAACGAACGACAGCGCACGGAACGAAUGAUCCAGUCGCGCGUGCACAAGACGGAGGCGGAUUUCGCGGCGGAAGAGGCCGCCAAGAAGGUAGCCGCAGCUCAGAAGGUCAAGGAUGACCUGAACGCGGCCAUCUUGGCAGACAGCGCGACGCGGGAAGAAUUGCUGAGUGCGAGCGAUUGGGACGUGCUGUGUCGGGUAGGAAUGACCAAGUUGGCGGCAGCGACCCAGGCGGAAGCGUGCUACCUGGGUCGCCGGGUCGCCGACGCGGACGGAGCCAACUUUAUCCAGUGGUUUGCCGCGACCGACUCGUCCAAAUGCGUCGUGGACAAGUUUGUGGGCGAGGAGACGGGGUUCACAUUUGACGUGCUCAAGGAAGUCGAGGUCGAUCCGCCGGAAGUGGACGCCGACGGCAAUUCGAUUCCGCCCGCGAUCCCGCCCUUCAUCCACGUCGAGAACGUGAUCCGGGAGCCCCGCAUCAAGUACUUUGGCAUUCCCCGCAUGGGCGCGUACUUGGUCAAGGGGAUCAAGUACAACAGCUUCCUCCACGACGACGUUGUGCAGGGAGACUCGAUGCCGGCGGUCGAGAGCUGGCUCAUCGUGGCCGUCGACACGCUGGGUGCGGCGCGGCCGUUCACGCCCGACAACAUUCGCGAGUUCCUCAAGUGGUCGCUGACGCUGGGCGAGGCCGUCGAGCUUUACGAGAAGCGGACGGCAGUUGCCCAAAUCGAGCUGCGCAAAGCCGACGAGCGCGACGUCAAGACCAAGUUGGACGCGAUCAAGGACACGUUGGCGGCCAACGACACGCGGGUGGCUAAUGCAGUCGAAGGCAUCGAGGACGAGGCGAGGAAGGCGUUCGAGGAGGCCACGGUCAAGGCGCAGCUCAUCAACGACUUGCUCGUGGCGCAGUUGGAUGCGCUGCAUAUCGUCGGGACGUCGCUCAUCCCGUUCAAGGCGCCGGUACUCAAGACGCUCGCGGCGGGCCUCGUGCUUCUCGGGAACGGCUUCUCCAAACGAGACGCCGUCAACGCCGCCACGCAGAUGCCGUCGUGGGACAAGAUCCGUCCGUGGCUGGUCAACACGGUCUUGGCUCCCAAGGUGCAAGCGUUCCAAGUGAGCGCGGUGUCCGUCGCGACCGUCGCGCAGGCGAGGGAGGUGCUGGGGGACGUGGUCGCAGACGAUGUCGAGUUGCCGGCGCCAUCGAUCCUCGUGCUGCACACGUGGAUUCAAACCAUGUGUGCGGCGGCCGACGUGUUGGAGGAAGCGAGGGUGCGUGCCGAGAACCCAGACGAGUAACGUCGUCGACGGUCUAUCUUUCAAUACAGAGAGCAAUCCAGUGUGUGUUUGGCAUGACCGACAGGACCUCACGUGGAGCCCCAUGAAAUGUUGCAAUAGAUGUGAUAAGAUCGGCA